UUUUUUUCCUUUUAUGUUUUAACAAACUUCUCAAGAUGCUGAAACCCAAGGCUCUCACACAAGUUCUAAGCCAGGCAAAUACCGGGGGCGUGGAGAACACCCUUCUGCUGAGUCAGGAGGGUGCACUCCUGGCCUACUCCGGCUAUGGCGAUAAGGAUGCUCGCAUUACUGCCGCCAUUGCCAGCAAUAUUUGGGCAGCCUACGAAAAACAUGGACGGAAUGCAUUCCGCGAAGACCGAUUGACCUUUGUGCUGAUUGAUUGCGAGACGGGUCAUGUGGCAAUAACACAGGUGGCUAGUGUGCUGUUGUGCCUGUAUGCCAGGAGCCACGUCGGAUUGGGCCUACUCAAGCAAAAGGCCAUGUCCCUUGCCGCCUAUUUGGAGAGACCACUGAAGCAGAUCUCGGCCUCGUGAAGGCGAGCCCUUGCCGAGUCGCCCAGUCGCCGACGCGGCAGUCUCGUUAAAUAUUUCUAAGUAUAUACAGUAAUGCAGAAUUAAACAUGCCAAUAUACGUA